UGUUCAUCCAUGUCUAUCUAAAACCCAAAACAAAACCUCUCUUUUUCAAAGAAAAGUAAAAUACUAAAUAAAAGAGAGAGAAAAGAAAAACAGAGAGAGAGAGAGAACAAAAACCUAAUUCCUCCAUCGAAAGAAAUGCUUCAACAAUGGUGAUUUUCAGGUCUCUCAAAUCAAUCCUCCGAAACUCAAACACCAUAGCUCGAACCUUCCUCAUUCCAACAACCUCAACAACAAUCACUCUCCCCUUUUCUCCAUUACUGCACAACGCACUUUUCCCCCUUCCUUCUCACCACAACGGCCCUCUCUUCCUCGCUUCCCCGCCCUGGAAGCUCUCUCAAUCCGCAACCCCUCUUUAUCAUCACCCUAAAGCCGUCGUUUUUCGUCGCAAGGUCAGCGCAAUCAACCUCGAUUUGAUUCGAAUCGCAACAAAAACCCCUUUACCACUCCACAACCAUGUUGAUUCCAGUUCCAACCAAUCUCCUCAACACACACUUAUCUACACUUUCCUCAAUGCGCCAAAUCUCAUAUCUAUUACUCGAUUGAUUUCGGGUCCUUUUCUUGGAUGGAUGAUAGUGAAUGAUAUGUAUACUUCAGCUAUGGUGGGGUUGGCUAUCUCUGGAGCUUCUGAUUGGCUUGAUGGGUAUGUGGCUAGGAAGAUGAAGAUUGAUUCUGUAGUAGGUUCGUACCUUGAUCCCCUUGCUGAUAAGGUUCUUAUUGGUUGUGUUGCUGUUGCAAUGGUUCAUCAAGAUCUACUGCAUCCUGGACUCGUUGGACUUGUCGUAUUCCGAGAUUCCUUCCUUGUCGGUGGUGCGGUAUUUCAAAGAGCUAGUAGCUUGGGUUGGAAGUGGAAAAGCUGGUAUGAUUUUUUUAACCUCGAUGGGACCGGUCGCCAAAAAGUCAAACCACUCUUUAUAAGCAAGGUGAAUACAGUGUUCCAGUUAGCGUUAGUUGCUGCAGCUCUUCUUCAACCCGAUUUUGGAACUCCAGAAACUCAAGCAUACAUUACUUAUCUAAGCUGGUUAGUUGCUUCAACAACAGUGGGAUCUAGUGCAGCUUAUGGUUUACAAUAUAUGAAAAGAUCUGCAGUUGUAUUAAAGUCGUCAUAGUUGAAGUUUAGUUGGAGUGCUGAUUUGAACAGUGUGCUUUUUUAGCAGCCAAAUAAUAGUAUAAUUAUCACCCUAGUUAAGGAAAAGAUAGAAGAAAAUGUUACAUUUAUCGACCUGUUCUGUCAAUGGACUAAACAUAUGCGGAUCUGAGAAUUUUGAGUAGAGAUGGUAUCAUAUAUUUAUAACUUUUGAAGUAUAUAUUGUUUCAUUUCUCAAGCAGAAAUGUACAUUAUAAUAUAAGGCUUUGAGAGAAGUAUAGUGUAUCUUCAUUAAAAUGAAAUAUAGUGCUUUGGAAGGAAAAAGCUAUGUUAAAAAAUGAUAAAAUUACACAUAUUUUGCAGGUAAAGCAACUAUAUUGAAAAUGAUAAAAUUAGACAUAAUUUGUAGGUAAAGCAAAGACGGUUUGAGGAGAUGGAAAAGAAUUGUCAUACCAAAUGCUCGUCAAGAGGCAAUGGAGGGGUUGGCAUACCAAAUUAAGGGUGUUUAAAAAUA